CGCGCCCAGUCCAAGAUGGCGGCGCCCAGCGGCGGGAGGCACAGCGGCGGCGGCGGCGCGAGCUUGUGGGUCGCGCUGCUCCUGGCGGCCGUGGCGCUGAGGCCGGCGGAGGCGGUGUCCGAGCCCACGACGGUGGCCUUUGACGUGCGGCCCGGCGGCGUCGUGCACUCCUUCUCCCAGAACGCGGGCCCGGGGGACAGAUACUCUUGCGUGUUCACCUACGCUUCUCAAGGAGGGACCAAUGAGAGGUGGCAGAUGAGUCUGGGGACCAGUGAAGACCACCAGCAUUUCACCUGCACCAUCUGGAGGCCACAGGGCAAGUCCUACCUCUACUUCACGCAGUUCCGGGCGGAGGUGCGCGGCGCCGAGGUCGAGUACGGCAUGGCCUACUCGAAAGCUGCGUUUGAAAAAGAGAGCGAUGUUCCCCUGCAAAGCGAGGAAUUCGAGGUGACCAAAACAGCAGUGUCCCACAGGCCCGGCGCCUUCAAGUCCGAGCUCUCCAAGCUGGUGAUCGUGGCCAAGGCAUCGCGCAGCGAGCUGUGACCGGCGCCCCGCCAAGGCGACUUCUUGUCUCUGCUGGCGGAGCCUGGCCCAGGGGGCUGGCGCAUCCCUGGUUUUCUGGGGGGACUGUUGGUUUUCUGCCCACGCUGCUGUCACCCUGUUCCGAGGGGUCCUCAGGGCGGCAGAGGCCCCGGGACGGAGUCCGCCGCGCCCGCUCUGCACCUGGAGCGUGGUCUGGGGCGGCCACUCGUCUUUCCCACCAGGAGGGGCCUGGGGCCGGCGGCUGUUCUGAAGCCAGCGUGCGUCCCCGUGGGACCAGCGAGCCAGCUGCCCUCUGCCCUCGAGCCGACUGUUCUCUUAGAUUUCCCCAGGGGACCUCCUUUCAGACCAAGUGGGAAGAAAUGACAUGUUCUUUCGUAUUUGAAUAAAAAAGACGAUUGAAAAGCGA